AUGGUUCAGCGGUGGCUUUCUUUUUUGCUCUUGACACUUCUUCUAUCAUUAUCAGGGGUUAUUUCAGUGACAAUUACUCUAGUUAAUCUAUGCAACUACACGUUGUGGCCAGCUGCAUACACCACCGGCGGAAACCAAACCCUCUCAACCACCGGCUUUGUCUUAAACUCCGGCGAGUCCUCCACCAUCACGGUACCCGCCGGCUGGGGAGGCCAUUUAUGGGGCCGAACUGAGUGCUCAUUAAACCGCACCACCGGGGACUUUUCCUGCGUCACCGGCGACUGCUUCACCGGGAGGCUCGCCUGCGACGGCAUGGAGAGAACGCCGCCCGCCACGCGGGUGGAGAUGACUUUAAACGGUGACAACAACCAAGACAACUAUGCCAUCAGCUUGAUAGACGGUUUCAACAUCCCGAUGGCGAUUAUUCCGUUGAGGGGAAACUGCAGCAGCUCCGGGUGCCGUGCGCAUGUGAACGCGGUGUGUCCGUCGGGGCUGAAAGUCACGAAGUGGAAGGAGCGUUUGGUGGUGGCAGUGGCAUGCCGGAGUGUUAAUACUUGCCUUGAGGAUUGUUCCUACGUGCAUGCCGUGAACAUAUUGAGGAAGGCGUGCCCGCAGGCGCGUAUCCUCGCCGAUGACAAUGAGAACACGUAUUCGUGUGCAUCUGACACAGAUUACUACAUCACAUUCUGUCCUCCUCUUACCUCCGAAUCCAAUAACACCAGACCUGGUUGGAGAAGAGGAAAGACACAGAAUAAGAAAAAGGAUACAAAUUUACUUUACUGGAAAUGGAUUAUGAACGCAAGGACUAUGCACAAGAUAGUGGGGAAGUGGGAUUUUAUGCUGAGAAGGGGUUACUCAAUUCCUCACUCCAAACCCAGUUUUUUUGCCAUAAUUUAG